GCGAGGACCAGCCCUCUCCGGGGACCCCUUUGUUCGCCGCCCAGACGCCGCCACCCCCGCGUCCCCGCCGGGCCCCUCGGCCCCCCGCCCCGCGCGCCAUGUCGCGCUCCUUCUAUGUGGACUCGCUCAUCAUCAAGGACUCCGCGCGGCCCGCGCCCUCGCUGCCGGAGCCGCACCCCGGGCCGGAUUUCUUCCUCCCGCUGGGCAUGCAGUCCCCGCUGGUGAUGUCGGUGCCCGGGCCCGGCUGUCCGUCCCGCAAGAGCGGCGCUUUCUGUGUGUGCCCGCUCUGCGUCACCUCGCACCUGCACUCGUCGCGCGGGCCCGCGGGCGCCGGAGGCGGCGGGGGCCCGGGGGCCGGGGGCGGCGGGGCGGCGGGGGCCGCGGCGGCCCUACCCCUGCUCAAGGGCCAGUUCCCUUCGGGCCCCGGGGAGUCGCAGUUUUGCCCGCGGGUGAGCCAUGGGCACCAUCACCACCACCAGCCCCAGCAGCCCGGCUCGGCCGCAGCGGCGGCGGCAGCGGCGGCGGCGGCUGCGGCUGCAGCGGCCCUAGGGCACCCGCAGCACCACGCACCUGUCUGCGCCGCCACCAGCUACAACGUGGCCGACCCGAGGAGAUUCCACUGCCUCGCCAUGGGUGGCUCCGACGCCAGCCAGGUGCCCAAUGGCAAGAGGAUGAGGACGGCGUUCACCAGCACUCAGCUCCUGGAGCUGGAGCGGGAGUUCUCGUCCAACAUGUACCUGUCCCGACUUCGGAGGAUCGAAAUCGCCACGUACCUGAACCUGUCGGAGAAGCAGGUGAAAAUCUGGUUUCAGAACCGCCGCGUGAAACACAAGAAGGAGGGGAAGGGCACGCAGAGGAACAGUCACGCGGGCUGCAAGUGCGUCAGUAGCCAGGGGCUCUAUGCGCGCUCCGAGGGGGAGGACUCCUUGUCGCCAGCCUCUGCCAGCGAGGACAAGGACAUCUCCCCCUUAUGAGGGUGCGCCGUCCUGCCCUCUCUCACCACUUCCCCGGGCAGCCCCUGCACCACCAGUGUGGGGGACCCCCAAUCCUGGCCUGCGACUGUGGUCCCAUCUGGAGGAAGAAGGGACAGAGAAGUUCCCGACGCACACCCUGGGCCUGCGCCUUCUCUAGGUUUCAUCAUCUAACAGGGUCAGCUUCACCUUGUAGGGCAGUUGUUGAAAGUGCCUGUGGGUUCCCCAUACUUGUGGUCCUUCAGAACCUUCUAAGAGUGCGGGUGGGAGUUCGUGGUUGUUUCCUGUUGUUGUUGGUUAAAAAUGAAAACACUGAAGUUGCAAAUGAUUUAGAGAAUUAAACCCUGUAGGUCUGACUUUCUGAAAAUUGGGGGAGAAUUUCAAAUGCAAGUCGCUGGAAAUCCCUUUGUAUGUGAAUAGUUUUAUAUAAAAUCUAUAUUUAUAUUUAUUUAAAUAAAUGAAGUAAAAUCAGGAUUUUAAA